AUGUCUUCUGCUGCAGGCUGUUCCUCAGUGGCGUCGUCAAAGACCCCAGCACCACACCCAAACGGCGCGACCACCCAGGUCGAGUUCGGAGGUCAGAAGGUCGAAGUCCCCAAAGAUGGCUACUACGACCGCUACCGUAUGAACCCGAAUCUGGACGAGGUAGCCCGCGAUCCAGCUGUCGGACCCGACAUCGACUUCUUUAGGAAUAUCCCAAAGAAGCUGGUCGACUCGAGGGUCGGUCAGGUAUACGCACCCAACUUCUAUUAUCGCACUAGCAGUGUCCAGCUGGUCUUCCUCGCGCCCCUUAGCCACUUAAAGCCUAAGCUUCCGUCACCCUUGGAGCCCAUCACAGCGUUGCCAGGUUACGGGUUGGUGGCAUUGACAUUUUACUCGUACCGCGUCUGCGACAAUGAUCCUUACAAUGAGGUCUCGAUUGCCAUUAUUGUCCGCCAGCCGGGUAAAGAUAGCUACAGUACGACUCAACUGCUUAGCUCUAUACGGAACCGAACAUUCUAUGGAUACGUGUUGGCUCUACCGGUCGAUACCGAGAUCGCUCGGGUACGAGGUGUAUACGGAUACCAAUUGCCCAAAUGGCUCGCCAACAUCAACCUGGAGAUAGAUGAUGAUCACAACAUCAAGGCCAACACCACCGAGACAGACGGGACACCCGAUUUGAAGCUGGAGGUACCCCUUCCGGCGCUGAAGACUAUCCCGUCGCAAUCCGCGAUAGCGACCAACAACGCGAUCAACAAGAUCGACGGGAAAUGGUACCAGGUAGCCGUCCAGGCGAACCCACUCGUGGCGGCACAAUGCUUUUUCCCUCGUAACGUCAAGCUCUCUAGGAGUGAUGAUGGUCCGUUGAGUAAGCUUCUCAAUGAACUGGGCGUUGGGACUAUCCUGCGGAUGGACGUCCUCAAGGAUGCGCAGAUGGUUUUGAAUAUGCCUUCACCAUUAGGGGCGUUCGAUAAUGUCAGUUGUUGA